AUGGAUGUAUCACUUCAAGAAACGAAUGAGAAAUUAAUUGAAGCGAAAAGGGAAAAGUUACUAGCAAAACUGACGGCACAACAUAAGGAUUUGAAAAAAAACGAAGCAGGGAAGGUAGUGAAAGAUGAAAACAAUGAGAUUGAGGAACUAAUGGAUGAAAUUAGAAAAGAAUUAUAUAACAAAAAUGUCGAUUCGACGAAAGUCGACAGAUUACAAAAAUAUUUAACAUUUUCAAUUGGAAAUCAUCGGACCAAAGCAAUUCAAAAUUUGCUCGAAGAAGUGAGAAAAUUCAAAUUAUCACAGAAACCGCCAGCAAAAUUUUCCGGCUUCUCAUUUUCGAAAUCGAAAUCAACUACGCCGGCUGCCCCUGUCGAAUAUUCAAAGCCACAAGAAAAACCAAUCGAAAAUCCAAUUUUUUCUGCUGAAAAUAUUGUUGAAAAUUUGAAAUAUAAAAAUGAAGUCAUCCAUGGAAAAAAUCUGGAAGAUCUGAGUUUGAGGAAUAUUGAAAACUGCAAUCUUGAGUUCGAUUUUGUUCCCUCCGUUGUUCAUAUUAGGAAUAUUAAGAAUAGUAGCUUGAAGUUCACAAAAUGCGACCGUUCAAUAUUAUUGCAUGAUUGUGAAAAUGUCCACUUGCAUGUUGCUGCCCAACAAAUCAGAUGUCAUACAUCGAAAAAUCUUCAUUUGCAUGUUGCAACUCGCGGAGCUGUUAUUCUCGAAGAAUCUACUGGCAUAGUGAUGCAUCCAUUCAGAAUGAAACACAAAGACGGAAGCGAAAUAGUAGAAGAAGACAAUGGUGAAUGGAAGACUCCGCGAGAUUUCGAUUGGCUUGCGCAGACACAGAGCCCGAAUUGGCGCCUCGCUUCUGAGGAUGAAAACACUUGGGAAACGCUUUCAUUUUAA